AUUUUCAUUCUGAUUUCAACCGUUGGACCAAAAGGAUCCCAAAUAAUAUUUAAAUUUAAUAAAAAAAACAGUGUUUAUUUGAAUUAUUUUUCGGUCUGGAUCUCGCACGAAAAUUUACGGCAUUUGCGAAGAUGUCAUUGCCACGUGUUUAUUUCGAUAUUACCGCUGGCGAGGAAAAGCUGGGCAGGAUUGUUAUGGAGCUGCGCUCGGAUGUGGUGCCAAAGACCGCGGAAAACUUCCGUGCUUUGUGCACCGGUGAGAAGGGAUACGGCUACAAGGGAUGCCCCUUCCAUCGGGUUAUCCCGAACUUUAUGUGCCAGGGUGGCGACUUUACCAACCAGAACGGCACUGGCGGACGUUCGAUCUACGGGAACAAGUUCCCGGACGAGAAUUUUGAGUUGAAACACAAUGGUCCCGGCGUUCUUUCAAUGGCGAAUGCCGGAGCCAACACCAAUGGAUCGCAGUUCUUCAUCUGCACCGGGAAGACCACCUGGCUGGACAAUAAGCACGUUGUGUUUGGCAAGGUGGUCGAGGGGAUGGAAAUCGUUCAGAAGGUGGAGUCCUAUGGCUCCACCAAUGGAAAGACAAGCAAGAAGAUAAUUAUUGACGACUGUGGCGCCCUCUAAAUGGAGAAAGCCCGUCGGGUUGUUGCAAAAAACGUUACACAUGUUUCAAGAUUUAAGAUACUAUUUGAUAUUGAUUUAUUGGAGGCACAAUCAAUAUUUCAAUUAAUAUUUCACUCAUGCUUCGUAUACUCCCUACAUACUAUAUACUUAACACUUAUAUACUUAUAUACUAUGCUUAGACGUAUACACAGAAAGGCUCUCUUCCUUACGUACAUAUAAUCACAUUGGCUGCCAAAUCACAUAUUUUGCUGUACAACAAUGUUACUGCCCUGUUACAUUCGCUAUAAGCGUCAUGUUCUUGUUCUAUAAGCAUUUAAUUAAUUUCACACAUGUUAUUGAGAGAGAAAUAUAUAUAUGUAUGUAA